AGGCCACUCUUGGUGCUUGCUUCAUUGUGCGAUGCGGGGUCACCAUAGGUCAGAAGUGGUGACUACUGAUGAUGUCAGCGUUCUGGGAUAUAUAGAGGGACUCCAGUCAGUCUGUCAGACAAACUCGGGUUAUUUUCUCUCUGAGACGGAAAACAGCCAACAGUCAAGAUGAAACUGUCCAUUGCCAUUGCCGUGUUGAUGCUUGUGUUCGCUGCACACACAGAGGCUCAGGAGGCUGAGAAGACAAUUGAGGAGCGUUUCACCACCUUCGGCAAUCAGAUGAAGGAACUAACUGAUGACCUGACCGUCAAGACCAAGGACAUUUUUGAAAAGAUUGGGGACAGCGAGUUCGCCACCAAGACCAAGAACUGGUUCACUGAGCAGUUUGACAAGAUGAAGGCCAAGGUUGACGAGACCUUCCCCAAGCAGUAGUAAGCCUGUACACUUCUGACCCUGCCUGUCUAAGACCCCCCACGCCCCCCAUCAUUCUUCUUGCUCUGUCUUGCCUGGUGACGCGGUUGCUGUGACACUGACACGUGCGUUGUGCCGACAGACACAAAGGUUAUAUUUCACCUCUCUGAAGAGACUGAUGUAAUCUCUGUGUAAUUGUUAUGGCUUGCUUUAAUAAACAUGGCUUGCUUUAAUAACCUGAAAAAUAAAGAUACAUUUGUGAUAAAACUA